GCCGCUAGGGGUAGGCUGUGUCCGUGUGACUUGGUAAAAGGCAGCAAGCAAUGCUUGGAGACAACCCAGAGAGGGAGAGGCGGUAGGUGCACGGGAUUAGAGAGGCAGAGAAACGGCGACCCCGGGAGGUAACCGAAACAAAAUCAAACAAGAAACUUUACCAUGUCGAGACCAAACGGAGCCCAAAGUCGGAAACUGGUGGAUCCCCCGGAAGGUGGCUGGGGAUGGAUUAUCGUCUUCUAUCUCUUUAUGAUAAAUGUGCUGGCCAUGGGAAUACUGAAAUCAUUUGGAUUCUUAUCUAUAGCACUACAGGAAACAUUUGAUGCAUCUAUGGAACAGAUCAGCUGGAUUGGAUCUAUUAUGUCAUGCGUCCGAUUAACAGCAGGUCCAUUUGCUGCUAUAUUCUGUGCAAAGAUUGGUGAGAAGAAGACCGGAAUUUUGGGAGGAGCCAUGGUCUCCAUUGGAUUGUUCUUAAGCUCGUACUCUGAACAAAUUUCCUAUCUGUACUUCAGCCUUGGCUUGUUGACAGGAGCGGGAUUUGCUUUCGUGUCCCAGGCUGCGGCUCUUAACACGACCAGAUACUUCCGUCGAAAGCUCACCACCGCCUGUGCCAUUUCCCGCUCGGGUACAGGGCUAACCUUUGCCCUCGCUCCAUUCCUUCAGUACCUUCUCAAUGAAUAUGGCUCGCAAGGGGCAAUUCUCAUCCUGUGCGGAUUAACGCUGCACCUGAUACCACUCGGCAUGUUGAACCGUCCAAUUUAUUUGAAGCAAGAUGCGGCCGAGGGUCGUGACUGGAGGCAAGGUCAGCAGAAGAAGCCAGGUCUCCUUGAAGAGAAAAAGGACACGGUCACUGCAGGAGGGUCACAGUUUCCAACCGGUCACAACAGCAAGACUGUGACGGUUCCUGCUCUGCCCACUUGGAAUGGACUGGAGGAACCUAACGCUCUAUUGUGCAACGGGAAACAGGCUGAUGAGCAAAACCAUUCCACUCCCAAAGACUUGUCUGUCUUGGAGCCCAGGGAGUCCUUCUUGCCUCAGGAGCCUGCUUCAUUAAGACAGUUGCAAUCCGCUCCCCAGCCAAGUUGCAAAGUGAUAAACGGAAGUUCAAAUCAAUUGCUGGCCACAGUCAGCCUGCCAACUGAUACGGGACACAAGGGCUUCUGCAAAGAACUGGGCGACCAACUGAAGUCCAUUUUUGGCGAAGUGAAAAACCUCAUUGAUUUGACUCUGCUCACCAACCCAAUGUUUAUUAUUUACACUUUAUGCACCUUCUUCAGUCAAUUGGCCUACUUCAUACCUUAUUUUCAUCUAGUUGGAAAGGCCAAGGCAUUGGGCAUUGAGCCAUUCCAAGCCACCUUACUAAUUUCUAUGGCUGGAGUCGUUGAGAUUGUGGCUCAGCUCAUCUCUGGCUAUAUCGCUGACCGCAACUUCAUCAAGAAGUAUCAUUACCAUAAAAUCUACCUUCUGUUUUGUGGAGCUAUCAAUCUUCUGGCACCCCUAGCAAAAACUUUCCCCACACUCAUGGUGUACAUAGUGUUCUUUGCCAUGUUCUGUGGGGGUUAUCUGACCUUGUUGCUGCCAGUCCUGGUUGAUUUCAUUGGAAAUCAUAAGAUACAGAAGGGAAUGGGUCUCUCCCAGUUCUUUGUGGGAAUUGGCUGUUUGAUAGGUCCACCAGCAGCAGGUGCUCUUCACGACUUCACCAAAAAUUACGACGCCUCGUUCCAGUUGGCUGGCUCUUGUUACUUCGCCUCAUUCGUGAUCUUGUUCUUUGUACCGCUGGCUGAGCGUAAGGUGUCGAGGGAGGCCGACGAAAGAACCAAGGACGACUCCAGCAACUCCAGCAAAGAGAACGUUCUCCCUCCCUGUCCCUCCACGAAGAAGGAGUACUUGCAGCUGGAGAGCAUGGUGUGAGGGAGGACUCCCUACCAGCAGUACUUUACUGGACAUGAGCCCCAGUCCCAGUACCUUGAUCUUGCCACCAGUAACAUCUCCAAUUGUACAGCCCUUUGGAUGGUAACCGCAUGAAGGGAACAUUGGUGACUAAGAGGUGGAUUAACGCCAGAUGUUUCAAGGAGGAGCUGGAUAUUUAUUGAAUUUUAUGGGCUGAAUAACCUACACCAACUCAGACCAAUCAAAGUCGGGGAGGAAAAAGAAACAGCACUUUAUUUGAAAAUUCCUUUUGAUUACUGAAGACUACACAAAUUCCUACCAAACGAUCAUUCUGAUGUUUUUGUUUUAUCGAUUUUAAAUGACUUUGUUUUGCACCACACUACCCAGGUACUGAUGGAAACCUCAGCAUCAGUGGUGUUGGGGAGUUAUAAAGCAUGGACAGACAGCAGCCAGAGUAUUCCCAGUGAAGAAAUAUUGGUUCCGAAUGAAUUGCACAGGUGCUAUUCAGCACAUUUAGGAUAAGACUGAAGGAGUCUUGUUUCACCAAUACGUUCAGACGGGAAUAUCAAGUGAGCUCUUUUAAAUGAUGCCUUAAAGAAACUGAGGGGAAAUGCAUAUUAGAUAAGGACAAACAAAAGAUUGUAAAAGCACUGAGUGGAACAAAGCAAGUCCGAGUAACGUGCCUCGAUUUAGACUCCAACCCUGGCUUUGUUAGGGCGAAAAUAUCGAUUGUAUGCAUCCUUUUUAUUCUCUCUCAGCAUAGUGCCUUGAGUCAUUUUUUUCCUGCAUUUAAGGUGCUGUAUAAAAUAAAAAUUGUUGGACACCUCUCAGGAGAAAAUCAAUAUCAAAGUGCUGGAGUAACUCAAUGGGUCAGGCUGUACCUUUGGAGAAAAAGGAUGGAUGACAUUUCGGAUCGGAACCCUUUUUCAGUUCUGACCCGAAAAGUCACCCAUUGUUUUUCUCCAGAGAUGCUGCCUGACCUGCUGAGUUACUCUAGCUCUUUAUGCCUAUCUUCAGUAUAAAUCAGCAUCUGCAGUUCCUUUUUACAUGUAGAAAACUCCAGCUUGGUUCCUUCUGGGAGUACUAUACAGUUGGCAUUGCUGUCUUUGGAUGUGAUGUUAUACCUUCGAUAUUGUCUAACCUGCUGAAUUCCUCCAGCACUUAGUGUUUUGCUCAAUGUUUCAACAUCUGCAGUUUGUUGUGCCUCUAUUAUGGAGUAAUUUUUGUCCCCCACGAGAGACCAGACAGGAUAUCAAUGUCAUACCUUUAUCUGAAAGACAGCACUCUCUGAAAUGCCGCACUCCCUCAGCAUCAGGCCAGGUUUUGUAUUCCAUUCAUCAGAAUAAAGUUCGAACCCAGGAUCCGAUGAGAAGGUGAACAACUGGGCAACAGCUGGUAAUAAACAGGCAAAUGGAAGUAAGAUUGGAGAAAAGGACUAACACUGACUUAACAAACAAAAUAUCCCAGUUCUAUCUCAUUAAUCAGUCCGAUGGCACAAUGGUGCAUGUGCCGCUGCCUCACAAUGCCAGAGACCCGGGUUCAAUCUGACCUCGGGUGCUGUCUGUGUGGAGUUGGCACGUUCUCCCUAUGACUAUGUGGGUGUCCUCCAGGAGCUUCUGUUUCCUCCCUCAUCCCAAAGACAUACUGGCUUGUAGUUUAAUUGGCCGCUGUGAAUUGCCCCUAGUGUGUAGGGAAUGGGUGCGAAUGUGGGAUAACAGGAUGAGUGUGUACGGGUGAUCCAUGGUCAGCGUCGACUCAGUGGACCAAAGGGCCUGUUUUCAUGCUGUACCUUUUCAAUCAGUCAUUCUAGUUAAUAACUGAAUGUUUGGAACAAGCUUGAUGCUGCAGUGUCUGGGCUGUUUGAAAAUGUUCUACCGCGGAGUACUGAUUACUGACGGCAACAGGCCUACUGAGGUCAAAACUGGCUGUGAAAGUUUUACCAUCAUAGUUUAGUGAAAAUUUAUUCACAGAAUUCUUUUAAGCCAAACAGUGCCCAAUUUGUGAUCGUGAAAAGAAUCUGGAAAGUGAUAAUGAUUGCUACUUUUAUUUCUAGUUAAAGAGACAGGGGUUACAAGGGCACUCUCAUUACCACCAAAAGCUGAUGCAAAAUCUUUUGUGAAACGAUCAGGUUAUGUCUUUGAUUUGGAAAUUAAUAUCAGGCCAACGCCACAUCUAUUUGAAUUGUCACUGGCUUGGUAUAUUUGCCUGUCUCUUAGGGAUUGCUAACAGCAAAAAAAAAACCUGUCGCUCCUGCUGGAAUGAAAUCUAAUUAAGAAUUAAAGGAAUUGAAAUUAAAUUAAAAGCCUCAGAUGACUGCUGUGACACCGAGGACAUUAUCGCCUUCUAAUGAGCUGGUCUCCUACAGAACAGGAUUUAACAGCAACUUCCUCAUUAAAUUUGCAAAGAUCCACAAGGUAUUUGAUAGCUUCCAAUCCUACACUUCACACAGGCUACUAAGUCUUGGGUGUUAAUCCGCUCAAAAGGGCUUGCUUUCUCAUGACGUACUUUAAGUCUGAUCUUGGGGAUAUUAGAACCGGAGCCAGCUCCAUCCAGCCCACGCUGUAUCUCUGCCAUCAGCAAAGUCAGUUUGGAACCGGCAUAGUUGACCUGACCCAUCCACAGAGUCAGCCUUCACUCUUUCAACCUCAUUUGUGGAGAUGAGCAACGGCUUUGGCCAACUCCAGACACCCUUCUGCCUUAUCACUCAGUUUGCCUGAGUUGAAACGCAGGAAGGAAUUUCAGAUGCGAGUUUACACCGAAAAUAGACACAAAACCCUGGAGUAACUCAGCAGGACAGGCAGCACCUCUGAUGAAAAGGAAUAGAUGACGGAAGAUGUCAGAGAGACGGGUUAAAUCACCAGUUCACCUUUAGGUCUUGGCAAUGUAUGACUUAAUAGUUUCUAACUCCUAUUGUCCCAUUAGGAGUGAGUUAUUGCACAGAAGUCACUGACAGAUUGAAAUUACAUCACAAUAAGCCUUUGGGAUAUAAUGUUAUAGCUUCAAAAUUCACUGAAAAAGUAACGUCAAGUAUUUUCAAUGUUGCAGUCUUUUAAAAAAUGUCUUAAUUAUCUUCUAUUUGUGGAUUGUGUUUUUACAGUAAAAUUUGAGUUGUAUAUUAAAGUAGAUAUUGAAAUGGUUGAAACAUAAGUGAGCUUUUGAGGGAAUGCCUCUUUUGAUUGCAAUGGUACUUAAGUUUGAGUUAGAGGCACAGAACUGUUCAGCGCUGAAGCAGGCCUUUCAGCCCACCUUGUCCAUGUCGACCAAGUAGGCACAUUGGGCUAGUCCCAUUCGUCCGCAUUUGGCCUGUAGCCCUCUAAACCCUUCCUACCCACUUAUUUGUCCAAAUGUCUUUUAAGACUCAUAAUAGUAUCCGCUAAAGAAAUUAAACCUAUAUGUGAUAUGCUACCACAAUAGUGAAGUUGCUGAACUCUACUUAGAGUUCCGUUAAUCUGGGGAGAUGAGAAGAAAGCAAAAAGCUGGAGGAAUUCAAAGGGGGGGAGGGGGGCAAGGUGAGUUCCUCCAGCAGUUUGUUUUUUGCUAAAGAUUCCAGUAAGUGCAGUCUCUUGUAUCUCCUGGGAGAUGAGUUUGAAUCUCACCAUGGAAUGUGAUUUAAAAUAAUUAAAUAAAGCUAGAAUUUAAAAUAUAUAUUUUUGUUGUAAUCACAAGGCCUGGAUGAAAUGGAUGUGGAGAAGAUGUUUCUACCAGUGGGAGAGUCUAGGACCAGAGACCAGAGCCUCAGAAUUAAAGGACGAAGAUUUAGAAAGGAGAUGAGGAGGAAUUUCUUUAGUCAGAGGGCGGUGAAUCUGUGCAAUUAAUUGCCACAGACGACUGUGGUGGCCAAGUCAACGGAUAUUUUUAAGGCGAAGAUUGACAGAUUCUUGAUUAGUGUCAGAGUUAUAUGGAGAAGGCGGGUGAAUGGGAAUGAGAGGGAAAGAUAGGUCAGCCAUGAUUAAAUGGUGGAAUGGACUUGAUGGACAGAAUGGAAUAAUUCUACUCCUAUGACUUCUAGUGAACUCACUAUGCCCUCUAGCUCUCCCGUUCUAAUGAAGGGUCACCAAAAUGAAACAUUAAUUGUUUUGAUGAUGGCCUAAUCAGUCAGCCGUGAUUGAAUGGCGGAGUGGAGCUGAUGGGCUGAAUGGCCUAAUUCUGCUCCGAGAACGUUUGCACUUAUGAAGUGUAAAUUUACUGAAUUGUUGAAAGCACUCACCUGGUUCACUCAUACCCUUCCGGGAGAGAAAUCGCAUCUUUACCUGGUCUACCCUCAAUACAGAACCACCAACAUGGCUGAUUCUAUAAAAUUUGACAUCUGCCUGCUCAUUUCUGGGCAAUUUGAGGCAGGGAAUAAAUCCUAGCAUUCAAAGCAACAUCCGCACCUCAAUUAUGAAUAAAUUAAAGAGGCCCUGUUUAUUUUAGAUGAGGAGAAUGAUUGUUAACCUAGAUUGCUGCUACAUCCACAGGAGGUUGAAUCUAACACACCACACAGAACGUAAGGACAGGUGUAACAAAGGGACAAGAGACCAUUCCCUUAACCAGUGUCUUCGGGGAUAGAUUUGAGUGAGAGAGUUAUAAAUGAGUGUUGUUAUAACUGUCCUGAUUUAUAUUUCCAUUGAUUUAAUGAUUGUAUAAUUGCACCUACAAUGUUAGCAAUAAGUGCUAAUAAAUACAUGAUGAUUUGCUGAA